AAAUCUGACGUUAAUUUGACAAAAACUGGAUCGCUUCCAGAGAUGACCCUCUAAGACCAAGCGGAGCUCCCAUCGCCCGUCCAGUGUGUCCUGUCACAAGGGAGUCCUCGCCUCCACGCGGUGAUUGGGUGGAAGAUGGCGCUGGGCGAAUGGAAAUCCUAAUGACAGUUUCCAAAUUUGCCUCUUUUUGUACCAUGGUGAGUAAAUGGCAUCUUCUAAACACAUUGCGAAGUGAUGUGAGGGAGGCACGACAACCGUGGUUGUGUUGUUUCCAUCUUACGUGACAGGGAAGAUGGUUAAAAUCGUCUGCUUGUCGUGGCUUCACUCACUGACACGACAGUCUUGUUUUCGUCUCACGUUCUAUAGCUAGCUAUGAUAACUAAUGUCAUAGGCGUUUAAAUUGUUAUAUUAGCAAGCUGUUUAUGUAUGAUAUUGCAUUAAUUAGUGAAGACAAGUUAAAUGCUGUGUUUAUCUCCUCCCGCACUGUGACCCAGUGACCGCACCGCAUAGCUCUGCGGCUUCAGCACCUGGCACUGUAACGUUAACUUGUUACCGCGUCUAGCUAGCUUGCACAUUCAUUUAGCAGUAAAGCAGUGUGGAUGUCAAGGCAUUUCAACACUGGACACAAUUUGAAUACUAAAUCAACAUAACUGAAUAAUUGUUAGCUGAGUUUAUUCUACUCCACGAUCAUUGUCAGUUGUGCUUUUCCUGUAUAUGAAUGCUAAUUUAGCUAGCCAACAUUUCCAGUUAGCUACAGUAGCUAGUUAGUUAGCUAUACCAUUGUGACUGAUGAAAUAGUGAGUUGUCUUCCUGUAAACCCCUUAUCUGAAUACUUCCGAAGCGCGAGCUAUUUUUGGAACACAGCAGAUGACGACAUGAUCAGCUGCUAGACAAGACUGACUGGCUGUCAUGUUGUUCCCAGUUUGCAAAGAUAACUACUUAGUUUGGCAAACCUGUCAGACAGACGUCAUUCAUUUGGAUCUUACAUUUAAUUGUGUUAAUUAUUUAGGAUCAUAACCAACCUCUGCCCAUGUAGGCCUACAAAGGAAGUCCUGGUUGCUGUGCAAAUGCAUGGUUAGGGUCAUGUUCCAUUAUCAAAGAAUGACACAGUCAUUUUGCCCCCCCCCCCCCCCCCCCCCCACAGCUAUUGGCAUUGGAUAUGAAAUUCAAUUUAGAACUAUUGAUCGGUACACACUCCCAUCGACCUAUGCUAAAAAUAUCAGCACUUUGUGUUACAGGGCGCCAAUGCCUCCGCUCUGGAGAAAGAGAUUGGCUCAGAGCAGUUCCCUGUCAACGAGCACUACUUCGGAUUGGUCAACGUGAGUGAGAGUGCCGUAGUUCACAUGCACAUGUCUACAUAAUCUUUGUUACAGAUCACAUGUGCCUUAUCCAUGCAGAUGGUUAUAAUCAUUGUGUAUAUGUGUGUGUCCAGCUCUUUGCCUUACUCUCUGUAUCCGUCCUUGUAUUUGCCCCCCAGUUUGGGAACACGUGCUACUGUAACUCGGUGCUGCAGGCGCUGUACUUCUGCCGUCCGUUCCGGGAGAAGAUCUUGGCAUACCGCAGCCAGCCCCGACGCAAGGAGAACCUGCUGACCUGCCUGGCUGACCUGUUCCACAGCAUCGCCAACCAGAAGAGGAAAGUGGGAGUCAUACCACCCAAGAAGUUCAUCACGCGCCUACGCAAGGAGAAUGGUGAGAGGGAGAUAGUAUGCUUGUAGUUCGGGAUGGGGGGGAAUUGAGGAAACGGUUGAUGGUUGAAAAUGUUGUGGGUGUGAAUAUUUUGACAGACCCUCUAUCCCCUGUUCCCUACCCACCUCCUCUCCCCCCCCCUCUCCAUCUCCCUCUGCAGAGCUGUUUGACAACUACAUGCAACAGGAUGCCCAUGAGUUCCUGAACUACCUGCUCAACACCAUCGCUGACCUGCUGCAGGAGGAGAGGAAGCAGGACAAGACCAACGGCCGCCUGGCCAAUGGCUCACUCGACUCCCAGAACAACAAUAGCAACGCCCCGCCUCCCUCCACCUGGGUCCACGAGAUCUUCCAGGGCACCCUCACCAACGAGACCCGCUGCCUCACCUGUGAAACGGUACAUACCGUCUGAGUCUAAAGCCCCCCACCCACAUCAACUUGUGAUGUCCCUGUUGUUGUGGUCAGCAGGAUGCAAUACAUGUCGGUGAUACACUGUAGAUAGAAGGCAGGCUCAAGUUCUGUUGGCUGGAAGAUGGACAAAAUGAAGUUUCCAUCUGGCUCUAGUUAUGACAGGAUGCUGUUGUUUUCUCCCUACAGAUCAGCAGCAAAGAUGAAGACUUCCUGGACCUGUCAGUGGAUGUGGAACAGAACACGUCCAUCACACACUGUCUCAGGUAACGUCUACAACACCUGACUACAAUAACACAUUACAUACUGACUGGCCUGUGUAUUGCUUCUUGCUCCGUGUGACUCCAAGUACUCUGACCCCUCCCUCUCCUUCUCUAUUUCUCUGUCCAGGGGGUUUAGUAACACAGAGACUCUCUGCAGUGAGUAUAAGUACUACUGUGAAGAAUGUAGAAGCAAACAGGAGGCACACAAAAGGUCAGUGUUGGCAGUGUUGUGUUCAUUGUAAAAGUAAACAAAUGUAUUAUUCUGUGAUGACCAUGUUUAUCUCUAGUAUAAGGUGUGUGUGUGUGUUCUGCAUCUGCGUCCACUGUAAUUGACUCACUUCCCCCCCAGGAUGCGUGUGAAGAAGCUGCCUAUGAUCCUGGCUCUACACCUGAAGAGGUUUAAGUACAUGGAGCAGCUGCAGCGCUACACCAAGCUGUCCUAUCGCGUUGUCUUCCCUCUGGAGCUCCGCCUCUUCAACACCUCCGGAGACGCAACCAAUCCCGAGAGGCUCUAUGACCUGGUCGCCGUCGUGGUGCAUUGUGGGAGGUCAGUGUUGUUUACUAGGUUGUCUAAAAGUAUUCUAACUGACCCUUAAGGUUGUGAGUGUGUGUUGCUGACUCCGUCGUCUUGUUUUCAGUGGUCCAAACCGAGGACACUACAUCGCCAUUGUGAAGAGUCACGACUUCUGGUUGCUGUUUGAUGACGACAUUGUAGAGGUAAGAUAUUGUGUGUGUGUAUGGGUUGGUUUUUCUUUCCUUGUGGGGACUUAAAAUCCCCAAAAGUACCACAAGGAUUGUAAAACAAUAAAAAAUGUGGACAAAGGCUAUUUUAGGGUUAGGGUAAGGUGUUUGUGGUUAGUUAGGGUUAGGGGAGAUAGGAAUUUUAGGUCCCCACGAGGAUGGAAGAACACAAACUGUGUGUGCGAACAUGCAUACGUGCGCCCUUGUGUUUUGUGCGACCCUAUUGACCUGUGUUGUCUCUCCUUGGCUCUGCAGAAGAUAGACGCCCAGGCCAUAGAGGAGUUCUACGGCCUCACCUCUGAGAUCUCCAAGAACUCUGAGUCAGGCUACAUCCUAUUCUACCAGUCGAGAGACUGACUAGCCCUGGAGAGGACAGCACCACUCAGUGAAGCGGAGGACCAUACUAAUGUACACCCCUCUGGUGUCACACGCAUCUCCACAGGUGGCAUUCAUACCUGUGUAUAUGGAGCUACUGCAGCCCAGCCUCAGUCCCCCCCCAUCCCCCCAUCCUCCUACCUCCCCCACCCCGUCA